AUGGUAUAUUCAAAACCUGCUGGACGAUAUGUUUUAAAAACCAAAUAUGAACCUAGUAACGACGAGUGGCGUCAUACAAUUAUGUCAGAAAUAAAAAAAAAAAUGAAAGAAAUAACACCAACAAUAACAGAAUUUGAGACUGUACCAAUACCUCAAACAAUAGCACCUCAACCAAAACCAAACUAUGAAGAUUUAAUGAAAACAAAAUAUUCAAGAUUUUCACGUAAAUAA